ACAGGUUUUUCCCCGCUGCAGGUUUGUCUAAAAGAAGGCGUGUUCUCUUAAAGGCAGGAGGCAACACCAUGGAGACAGUGACUGCUCUGCCCCGAGUUCAGAUCAGCCGGAGCUUCGGUUGCUGCUGCCAUCCUUGGGGGAGAGGACGCCCUGGACUGCUUGACAGCCGCCAAGUUUGAUGGGGGAAGACCUUCUGAAGGACCACCGCCACCUCCUCAACCAGGGAAAGGAGGAUGAGCUGGAUAUAUUUGGCUACAAGACUAAAGGGUGCCGGAGGGCCCUGUGCCUCGCUGGGUACGUCCUGUCCUGCGGAGUCCUCCUGCUCCUCUUCUACUGGAAGCCCGAGUGGGACGUGUGGGCCAACUGUGUGCCCUGCGACUUGGAAGAGGCCGACGUCGUGCUCUUGCGGACAACGGAUGAGUUUCAGAAAUAUACCAGGAAGAAGGUGAUCCACCUUGAUUUGCAGAGCGUCUUGGACAGUGAAAAGCUGGACCACCUCCUUUUCGGCGCUGACCAGGAUUCCGUCAUCAGCCGGGCCAUCAUGAAGCCUGGAAUGACGGUGAGAUACAUCCAUGUACAAAAAAUCCGUUAUGUCUGGGACUUCACGGAAAAGCAGUUCCUGAGAGUCGGGUCGCUGGAGGACUCCAACACUUGCUACGAAAUCCAUCACAAAUUUGGAGACGGGCUGACGAGGAAGGAGAAGGCGCUCAGGAAGUUGGUUUGCGGCCCCAACGCCAUUGAAAUCGAAGUCCGUCCCAUCUGGAAAUUGCUCUUUAAAGAGAUCCUGAACCCUUUUUACAUCUUCCAAACCUUCACGCUGACCCUCUGGCUGGUCCAGGGAUACAUCGAGUACUCCAUUGCCAUCAUCAUCCUGUCCGUCAUCUCUAUUGCCCUCACGGUGUACGACCUCCGACAGCAAUCAAUCAAGUUGCACAACCUGGUGAAGGAGCACAACAAGGUGGAAGUCCUGGCCUGGACCAAGAAUGAAGGGAGCUGCAAGGUGGAAUCCUGCCAGCUGGUGCCAGGAGAUGUCCUUCUCUUGGAAAGCCAGAAGUUUUCUCUGCCCUGCGAUGCCAUCCUGAUAGAAGGGAGCUGCGUGGUCAAUGAGGGGAUGCUCACAGGCGAAAGCGUUCCCGUGAUGAAGACCCCCUUGCCCCAGACGGACAACACCAAGCCCUGGAAAGUUCACAGCGUGGAAGACUACCGCCGACACGUCCUCUUCUGCGGCACAGAGGUCAUCCAGACCAAGCGAGCGGGAAAAGGCCCUGUCAGAGCCGUUGUGCUGCAGACAGGUUUCAACACCGCCAAGGGAGACCUGGUGAGGUCCAUCCUUUACCCCAAGCCCCUGAACUUCCGCCUCUACCGAGAGGCCUUCCGCUUCAUCGUGGGCCUGGCUCUCAUCGGCAUCCUGGGGCUGGUCUACACCAUCGGGGUGUACGUGAGCCGCAAGCAACCCGUCUCGGACACGGUGACCAUGGCGCUCCUCCUCAUGACGGUCGCGGUCCCUCCGGCCAUUCCGGCCGCCUUGACCACCGGCAUCGUCUACGCCCAGAGGAGGCUGAAGAAGAAGAAGAUCUUCUGCAUCAGCCCUCAGAGGAUCAACAUCUGCGGGCAGAUCAACCUGGUCUGCUUCGACAAGACUGGCACGCUGACAGAGGAUGGCCUGGAUCUGUGGGGCGCCGUCCCCUGCGAAAAGAGGAGCUUCCAGGCUGUGCACAGCUUCUCCAGCGGCUGCCCGCUGCCCUGGGGGCCCAUCUGCAGAGCCAUGGCCACCUGCCACUCCCUGCUGGUUUUGGACGGGAAGAUCCAAGGGGAUCCACUGGACGUCAAGAUGUUUGAGGGCACCAACUGGAAAAUGGAGGAGUCCAGCUCGGACGAGAGCAAAGGCAGCGUGAGCCGCACCAUUGUCAAGCCAGACAGCAGUGCCACCCAGGUCAUUAGAGAGCCAAGGCAGCCUACGUUCUUCACAGUGACGGCGGGACCGUUCAAGCGCAGGCCAUCCAGGCUACCUCUGAUCCUGGAGGCCCCCUUGGAAGGCAUCGCGAUCCUGCACCAAUUUCCCUUCUCCUCCUCUCUGCUGAGGAUGUCUGUCAUCACGCAAGAGAUUGGGAAUGACAUCUAUGACCUCUACAUGAAGGGAGCCCCGGAGACGGUGGCCGGCUUUUGCAAAACCAACACCGUCCCAAAGAACUUCCUCAGGGAGCUGAAGUGCUUCACGUCUCAAGGCUUCCGCGUCAUUGCGCUGGCUCACAAGGAGCUGCGUCUGAACAGGGGCGUCAACCUGGACAACUUGGAAAGAGACAAGAUGGAGUCCGGCCUGACCUUCUUGGGUCUCCUGGUCAUGGAGAAUCGGCUGAAGAUGGAGACUCAGGCUGUCCUGGAAGAACUCAGCUCUGCUCGCAUCCGCAGCGUCAUGGUCACAGGUGACAAUCUUCAGACAGCCAUCACAGUCGCCAGGAACUGUGGGAUGUUCUCCUUUGGCACCAGAGUGAUCCUCGUGGAAGCCAGGGAGGCAGAGGGCUCCAACCGGGCAUCCGUUACCUGGCAGCUGAUAGAGGAGGUGUUCAAUUCAGACGAAAACACGACUCCCGACAUCUCCAUUGACAUCUCUGACGCUAAUGGGAAAGACAGCGACUUCCACUUCGCCUUGAACGGGGACACCUAUCACGUCCUCAUGAAACACUUCGGCAGUCUCCUGCCCAAGAUUCUUCUGAAUGCAACAGUGUUUGCCAGGAUGUCUCCAGCACAGAAGUCCAGCCUCGUGGAAGAAUUUCAGAAGCUAGACUACUACGUGGGAAUGUGUGGCGACGGAGCUAACGACUGCGGGGCCUUGAAGAUGGCUCACGCCGGGAUCUCCCUCUCGGAGCAAGAGGCUUCCGUCGCGUCUCCCUUCACCUCCCAAAUCCCGAACAUCGAGUGUGUGCCGGAACUGAUCAGGGAAGGUCGUGCGGCCCUCGUGGCCUCCUUCUCGGUGAUUAAAUACCUGACCCUGUACGGGAUGGGCCAGUUCAUUGGCACUGCUCUGCUGUAUUGGCAAAUACAGAUCUUUGGGAAUAUCCAGUACCUCCUUCAAGAUGUCGGCAUCACCCUAGUCGUGUGCCUAACAAUGAGCCUGACCCACGCCUACCCCAAGCUGGCCCCCUACCGACCCCCCGGGCGGCUCCUCUCCCCGCCGCUCCUGCUCUCCAUCAUCCUCAACGUCCUCUUCACCCUCACCGUCCAGGUCUUCGCCUUCCUGUAUGUGAAGCAGCAGCCCUGGUACUCUGUCCUGCGCAGCCACAGGGGGUGCCCUACCGCAGACCACCCUGUGCCCCUGGGCAACGGGACGGCCAGCAACGCCACAGCCCCGGAGCACUCCGUCCUGAGCUAUGAGGACACCACUCUCUGGCCACUGGUCACCGUCAACUGCAUCAUCGCAGCCUUUGUCUUCUCCAAGGGGAAGCCCUUCCGGAAGCCCAUCUACACCAACUAUAUCUUCUCUGGCCUGCUGUGUGUCCAGCUCGGAGUUUCCCUUUUCCUUUUCUUCGCUGACCUGGACCCCAUCUACAGAGGAAUGGAGUUUCUCUGCACCCCAACCAUCUGGAGGGUGUAUGUUCUGCUGAUGCUUCUGGUGGCCUUCUCCGUCUCGUUCUUCGUGGAGGACGGCAUCCUGCAGAACCACCGCCUCUGGCUUCUGAUCAAGGCCCUCUUCCGCUUCCGCUCCUCCAGCCAGUACCGGAAGCUGCAGCGGCAGCUGGAGGAGGACGCAAAGUGGCCGCCCACCAGCCAGAAGGACUUUGCAGAAGAGCCCAAGAGUGGCACUUACGUCAACCCCGUCUAUGAUGAGGCAGGAGAGAACUACCUGGAGAGGCCGCAGGCUGGCCCAGGAGGACUUGCCAAGAGGGACUUUUUGUGUGUGGAGAGACUGAUGGAAACCCACGGGAGAUCGUGCUCCUAGGAAGCCCCUCUGACGGUGCGCACAGAGCCUGCCUUUGCUCAUCGAGCUCAAGGAGGUUUGCCAGGGGGGCAUUUUGCUGUUGGCUCUGCCUGAGUGGGGAAAUCUAGGGCUUGAUCCUGUGCCCACGCAAGAGAUCUCAGCCUCUUCCACAGGGACCAGGCUGCUCCAGCGGAAGGGACACAUGAAGGAACACCGUCCGCCAUGUGGAAAACAAAGACAACUCUGUAUUUUUGCUUUCCAAAAGAGAAUAAAGUGGGUUUUUUUUUCUCUU